AUGAAGAUUUGGACCUCAGCCAGUGAAGAAGGCUGGCUCCUGCCUAACAAUUCUGAUUCGUUGAAUUGCACCCAGACAUUAGAGCUGAAAAGUUCAGCUGAACCUCGAGUUGAAGAGGCAUUCUUCAAUCAAGUCGUAGCAUUGUCUCAAUUGGGCCUUAUUUUGCUUGCAAAUGCAAAGAGGAAUGCUAUAUAUGCUGUGCACUUAGAUUAUGGUCCUAAUCCAGCAUCAACUCGUAUGGACUACAUAUCAGAGUUUACUGUCACUAUGCCUAUUUUGAGUUUAACUGGGACGAGUGAUGUUGUGCAUGGCCAAUCUGUUGCUCAAGUUUAUUGCGUACAGACACAGGCAAUUCAACAGUAUACUCUGGAAUUAUGUCAGUGCCUGCCACCUCUGAUGGAGAAUGGUGCAGAGCGGUUGGAUUCCAGUGUUUUACAAGAUGUGCCUAAUGGUGAUGGAUAUGCUGCCUUGGAGUCACGUGGAAGGAAAUAUUCUGAUGUUCUUAUGAGCUCCACGUCAGUUGAUGCUCCCACUUCAAAUAUGGACCCGAGAACUAUUGCUUUGGCCUCAUCCACUAGCGAUGCUGAUAUAGUUUGUGUACCAUCACAUCCUCUUCCUUUGAGACCUAGAUUAUCUAGAGACCUUCCUGAGUUUGCAGUUGGGGGAGGCUUUGAGCCAAGUCCUGCAUCCAGCAACCAAGGCUUUAAUCAACCAGCUAUCGAUUAUUCAGUUGACCAGCAAACGGACGCUGUUCAUUUAAAUUUGUCCGAUGUGCCUUCCUUGGAUAGAGACUCAAGGAAUGAUGAGAAGAAAAUUGUACAGGAUGAUAAUUCUACCACUCUUAAUCCUCCUAUUACAUUUAAACACCCAACUCAUCUAGUAACCCCUUCUGAGAUUUUAAUGGGUGCUUCAUCCUCUGAAAUUACGAAUGUUAAUGAGGGGGAGAGGGAGAAUGACUCAAAUGUUCAAGAUGUGGUUGUCAAUAAUGAUGCCAAGGCUGAGGUGGAAGUUAAAAUAGUGGGUGAAACAAGAUCCACUCGAAAUGAUGAAUUUAGUCUUCGAGGGGAAUCCAAAAGGCCUGUUUCUGAAAGCAAGGAAAAAAUAUUUUGCUCCCAGGCUUCAGAUCUUGGUGUUGAGAUGACUAGAGAUUGUUGUGCAUUACCGCCAGUAACAAAUAUUGAGGAACGUGGACAAGUUGAUGGUGUUGGUGUUAGUGAUUCUCUAGCCCCAACUUCUCAUGAAGGUGAGGAUGAAGUCCGUGACUCAGCAAAAGAUGUAUCUGGAAAAGUUUCUGAGUCCACUGCAUCAACAGUUGUUCCACUGUCAACAACUCCAAGUAUAAAAGGGAAGAAGCAGAAGGGGAAACAUUCUCAACCAUCAGGUUCAUCUUCUCAAUCUCCUAGUGCUUUUAAUUCAACAGAUUCUUUGAAUGAACCUGUUGGGGCUUCAAAUCUCCUCUUUGUGGAUGGUGCCUUUCCUCAAGUUUUGGCUAUGCAGGAGUCGAUUAAUCAGGUGAUUGCUUAG